GUAGCCUAUGUAAUUGGAUGCCCCGAGCAUAUAGAUACCCUGCCAGAAUCACAGUGCACUCUGUGCGGUGAACCUGAAGACCAGCAGUAUUCAUGGUGCCUGUCUCAGCACUUCGAUGAAGACAGAUACUCCCCUCCACCCAGGAACAUGAAGGGUCUAUCUGGCAGCCACGCGCAACCCCAGCUCCCGUCCGCGCACACCUGCGGCCUCCCCGACUGCGAGCACCCGCAUGACUACGCCCACCAUGCCUCGGACCCGCGGCCGUCCUACCUGCUGAGCCCAACCGACGGCUGCCCCGUGGAGCACCACCGCUGCUCCCCCCGCAGCUCCAUCCACUCUGAGUGCAUGAUGCUGCCGGUUACCGUGGCGUCCGACCACGUCUCCAGCAGCACCUUUCCCAGGAUGCACUAUAGCUCCCACUACGACGGCCAGCGCGACGACUGCUCCGUCUCGCACACCUCCGGCAGCGGCAAGAUCAACCGCAUCCCCGCCAACCUGCUGGACCAGUUCGAGAAGCAGCUGCCACUGCACCGAGACGGCUUCCACACGCUGCAGUACCAGCGGACCUCCCCAGCUGAGCAGCGCAGCGAGAGCCCCGGCCGGAUCCGGCACCUGGUCCACUCCGUGCAGAAGCUUUUCACCAAGUCCCACUCCCUGGAGGGCUCCUCCAAGAGCAACGUCAACGGCAUCAAGGCAGACGCCCGCGGGGACAACCACCACCACCAACACCACGGCCACCACAAGCACAGCAAGAGGAGCAAGAGCAGGGAGCGCAAGACCGACGGGAAGCACCGCCCCGGCGUCGGGGGCUGGUGGAGCUCCGACGACAACCUGGACAGUGACAGCACCUACCGGCCUCCCAGCGUCCUCAGUCGGCACCACCCGGACCACGCCGGCCACUGCUACCCCGAGCCCUCGCAGGUGCACCACUUCGGCGACCUCACCCUCAAGACCUCCAAGAGCAACAACGACGUCAAGUGCUCGGCCUGCGAGGGCCUGGGCCCCGCCCCCGAGGGGAAGUUCAUGAAGAGGAGCUCCUGGUCCACGCUCACCGUCAGCCAGGCCAAGGAGGCCUACCGAAAGUCCUCCCUGAACCUGGAGAAGCCCAUCAUGCACCAGGACCUCAAACCCUCCCUCAGACCUUGCCAUUUCCUGCAGGUUCCCCAGGACGAGUGGGGGGGCUACCCGGGGAUCGGCAGGGACGAGGAGAUCCCCUGCCGGCGCAUGCGCAGCGGGAGCUACAUCAAAGCCAUGGGUGACGAUGACAGCGGGGAGUCCGACACCAGCCCCAAGACCUCGCCCCAAAAGACCGUCCGUCCAGACGCCCUCAUCAAGUCCGUCAUGCAGAGGCCUCUCAUAGACCCUCAGAGUCAGAGUUCCCAUUUGCAAGCCACCAGAGACUUGCACCCCAGCGUCAUCUUGGACCCAGCAGCUAACUACAACUCUCCCAAGUUCCGCUCCCGAAACCAGAGCUACAUGCGAGCGGUCAGCACUCUGAGUCAGGCCAGCUGUGUGAGCCAGGUGAGCGAGACUGAGAUCAACGGGCAGUUUGAGUCGGUUUGCGAGUCCGUUUUCAGCGAGGUUGAAUCGCAGGCCAUGGACGCUUUGGACCUGCCCGGCUGCUUCCGCACACGGAGUCACAGCUACCUGCGGGCGAUCCAGGCUGGGUACUCCCAGGACGACGACUGCAUACCCUCCAUGACUUCCUCCACCGUCACCUCCACCAUCAGAUCCACGACAGCAGUAACGUACACACCCAACUACAAGAAGACUCCUCCCCCGGUCCCACCCCGCACCACCUCCAAGCCCCUCAUUUCCAUAACGGCCCAGAGCAGCACUGAGUCCACCCAGGAUGCCUACCACGAUGGCCGGCACUCCCAGAGCGGCCUGUGGCCCCAGGACAGCCUCAGCCAGGCCCUCUACAACUCCACCGACAGCCUGGACAGCGCCAAGGCGGUGACGAUCGCCAUGGAGAUGGCGGCGAGCAAACGCCACCCGUCCACGGACAGCCACAGCUCAGUGCUCACCUGCGACAAGGCCGUCUUGGUCUCCAGGGCUGAGGAGUACCUGCAGACCCCACGCUCCUCCAUUGGGAUCCAGGUGGAAACAGCCACGGACUCGGAGUCCGAGAGCAAGGGUCUAAGGGAGUACCAUUCCGUGGGGAUUCAGGUGGAGGACGAGAAACGGCUCGGCCGGUUCAAGCGCUCCAACAGCGUCACAGCGGCGGUGCAGGCCGACCUGGAGCUGGAGCCCGUCCCCAUGCAGGACAAGGGCCUGCAGUUCGGCGGCUCCUUCCAGCGGCGCUCGGAGCCCAGCACGCCCACACAGUACGGCGCCGUACGCACCGUGCGUACGCAGGGCCUCUUCAGCUACCGCGAGGACUACCGCACGCCCGCCGAGCCGCCCGGCCCGCAGCAGCGGCCCGAGCCCUGGCUGGCCGAGGCGCCCCCGGAGGCCGCCGAGUCGGGCCGCGUCUCGCCCUGCCGGCGGGACGGCAGCUGGUUCGUGCAGCUGCUCCACGCCGAGACCAAGAGGAUGGAGGGCUGGUGCAAGGAGAUGGAGCGGGAGGCGGAGGAGAACGACCUGGAGGAGGAGAUUCUCGGGAGGAUCCGAAGCGCCGUGGGAAGCGCACAGCUCCUUAUGUCUCAGAAAUUCCAGCAGUUCUACUGGCUCUGUCAGCAGAACCUGGACCCCAGUGCCAUGCCCCGCCCAACUUCUCAGGACCUCGCUGGAUUCUGGGACCUCCUGCAGCUGUCCAUCGAUGAUGUCACAAUGAAGUUUGACCAGCUUCAGCAAAUCAAGAACAACAACUGGCAGCCCACUGAGAGCCCAGAGAAGAAGGUGGAGAAGAAGCUGCCGCCUCCCGUACCAAAGAAGUCCCUGAAGAAGGCCGUGACGCGGGAGAAGUCUCUGGACCUCCCUGACAGGCACCGCCAGGAGGCCCGGCAGCGCCUCAUGGCGGCCAAGCGGGCCGCCUCCUUCCGGCAGAACUCGGCCUCGGAGCGAGCGGACAGCAUCGAGAUCUACAUCCCCGAGGCGCAGACCCGUCUUUGAGGGCGGGGGA